AUGCCUACCAUGGUGUUUUUGUACAGACAGCACUUCAGACAGCAGUAUGCUGUAGUCGGCAAUCUUCCGUUUUGGUAUAGAGUGGGACAGGGAGGGGGUGAUGCUACUUAGUCGAACGGUGGGACGGACGUGCAGUUCAGUUUUUGGGCACACAUACGGUGCUGCACGGAUUUUUAGGUGUAGUCUACUUCUUCGGGCUCUUGGAUACCUUUUUCUCGUUAUAUUUGUGCGUGUUCUUUAGAUCCU